UUCAGAGGAGGUUCAGACUGAGACAAAAGCAGAGAGGAGAGUCAAAACAUACACAGAACGCUCAAAGUGGAGCUAUACAGGCAGACAGAGACAGCGACAAGGGGGAGACAGAGAGUGGAUGCAGACAGAGGGAGAAAUCACAAAGAAAAUAUAAAACAAUAGGCUGAAGACAACGAAACGCACACACGAAGAGCGAGAAGACAUAACAAGGAAACUCCAUGAGAAAAAUUAAAGGAUCAGAAAUUAAUCUAGACUAUUGAGUAGAAAAUAGAUUAAUACCUAUAGGUACGUGGCAGGGCUAGUGGAUAACAAAAAAUAGAAUUAAAAUAAGUCAACUCAAAAGAGUGUAUUGCAAAAAUAACAUUUGAGAAGUAGGUUUAGGAGAAGGUCUCUUGAUUCUCCAGGUAAGGAGAAGUAAAUAUGCAGUUCCUGCUCCUACUCUCAGUACUUUCCCUCCAGCAUUCCCACUCUGCCCCAGUGACUCGAGAACAGCACCGGAUGCCAGCUAGUGUCCUGCAAGCCCUGUCCAGCAGGGGGACACUAAUUCUGGAGGCUGCCCUGAAAACAGCUCUGCAGGUCCUUGAGGAGGCUGUAAAAGAACAGAAUAGACAAAAACAAAACUGCGGAGGAUGCACUCCCUGCCUUUUUCAGGAAUGUGCCAACCAAACCAUACAGUGCAGAGAAAUGGACAUGGCUGCGGUGUCCGAGCCAACGUGUGAAGUUAUCUUGGCAGCUCAGUCUGUGCCUGAUCCAGUGGAGAGAAGCUGGGCCCUGAGCAAGGCAUGCAGCUUCUACCAGAGCUCGUGUCAGAAGGAGAAUCAAACAUCAGACAUCUGCGUUCAAGCUAUGGCUGGUCACUGUCACCUGAAGCUGCAGGAGUGUAAACUAGAGAGUGACAUGGAUUAUUUGAACAUCUCUCCGGAGGAAGGAGACAGAGACACCUGUGGACAGACAUUAUUAUCAACCAGUAACAACACAGGGAUCAAAGGAAGAAUAGUGGGUGGAAGCAUUACACCUCCUGGUUCCUGGCCUUGGCUGGUGAACAUUCGACUUAAUGGGGAUCUUAUGUGUGGAGGCGUGUUGUUGGGUGAUUUUUGGGUCCUGACAGCUGCUCACUGCUUUACCGGGGAUAUUAACGAGCUACAUUGGACAGUUGUAGUUGGACAGUAUGAUCUCAGAAAACAGGAUGAUGGUGCAAAGAUCUUUCAUGUGAACAGGAUUGUGAGCCACCCCAAGUUUAACCAGAAAACUUUUAAUAAUGACCUUGCCCUCCUGGAACUGACCACCCCAGUCACAGACCUCCAGAAAGCCAGACCUGUGUGUCUGCCUGAAGUAUCUGAGAAUCCAACUCCUGCCACUAACUGCUACAUUGCUGGAUGGGGCUCCCUCUAUGAAGAUGGUCCUUUGUCAGAUGUGGUCAUGGAAGCCCAGGUGCCAGUGCUGAGUCAGGAGGAGUGCAAGGGAACUCUUGGAAAAGAUAUGCUGACCAGUACCAUGUUCUGUGCAGGAUAUCUGACCGGUGGCAUAGACUCUUGCCAGGGUGACUCUGGAGGGCCUCUGACAUGCCAAGAUCCUGUCUCCAAAUUAUAUGCUCUGUAUGGGAUCACAUCUUGGGGAGAUGGAUGUGGAGAGCGUGGGAAGCCAGGAGUAUACACCAAAGUCACAGCCUUCACUGAAUGGAUCAGAAUACAGAUGAAAAAAUCAUCUCCAACUCGAGAGCCAACAUGCUUUGAAUUGACAGAACAGCAGGAAAAGGAUGAGAAAUCAGAAGUUGGGAACCUCUGCUACUUCUAUAGACAGUCAUGCCCAGGUCCUCUCAGCCAGGAGGCAUGUACACGUUUUGCAGAGGAAAAGUGUAGACAGAAACAGAGGAGAUGUGAACUACGUUCUUAUCUGAAGAGUCUUCUAGACUUGCUGCGCAGGGCAGAAGAUUUCUUGCGCCACAACAUAAAUUUCUCAUUCUUUACCCAUACUAUUCCACAGUUCAUGGAAGAUAUGUACAGCAAUAUAUUCCCCACUAGAAUUCGUAGAGAUGUUGCAGAACAGAUUCCAGAGACAGAGAAAAUGGACAAUGAAACACUUCUAACAACACUAACAGAACCAGACAAACAGACUGAAAAUGAGACACAAAGUACCAGCGAGCUGCAAAACACAACAUUUGAAUCUGUGUUCAAGAACAUUGGACCAGGCCUGGAAGAUUGGAUCUCUCUCCUUCAUGGGAUGACGGGGCAUGAGGCUCUUGGGUCACAAAAGGCCAAAAGUGUGAUAGAGGAGCUUUUUCUGCAGGGGAAAGAUAAUGAAGUGAUGGAACUAGAAUCAGAAGGAUGGAAGGACAUUCAGACCCUGAAAUCACAACUUAGACGUGAAGGGAUUAUCACAAUUUAUUCCGAAAAAUCAGCUGCAGGACCUAACAGAAAUCCUGCUCAUUCCCAAUUACAGAAGAGAGAAAUAAAAAGUGAUACACGGGUUGGAAAAGGAUGCCAACGUCUAGAGGAAGCUAUCAGAGAAGUCCAGUCCAUUAAUGAAAGAUACAAAUGGAUCCUACAAGUGCAAGAGAAAGAUCUGUCUAUGGACUUUCAGGAGAUCCUGGUGGACCUAGGUUCCAAGAAUAGCAAAGGCCUGUACAAAGCCCGUGUUCGAGUGCUGGUUGCUGGGAAGUCCACAACAUUUAUCGGUCUUGUGGGAAUGGAGAAUAGCUCUUUCUAUCGCAGCAUGCCAGGCAUCAUUGCUCUGUCACUGGAUGCUCUGAAAACCUAAGAAACAUUUCUCUUUUACAUUUGCAACAGUGAUCAGAGGUUACCUAUGGCCAAAGAAAACAACCACAAUGGCUCAUAGUUUUAAAGAAUUAAAUAGGUAGUCCAACUUUGCUACCAUAGUGUAAAGCAAGA